GAGAGUGAAGGUGGCACAGGAAUCGCAUCGAUCCCUGAACGGUUUCAGAGCAGCUGAUCACCGCCUUCAAACACAGCAGACUAAAAUGCAGACCCGUGUCGCACACGUUCUGGCGGUGGCGCUGCUGGCGCUCUGGCUGCAGUCGGCGGCCGUCACGGCGCAGCUGCAGUUCUCUGAGGACUGGACGCACGGCAAGCGCGACGUCAGCGCCCAGCUGCGCCGGCCUGCGCUGCCGGCGGCGCAGGCGCCUCGCCAACCGUCGUUGCUUGACCUGCUCACCAGCGCCGGCCAGCAGGCAGAGGACACGUGCCGGCCCGACGCCGAGGCGCUCGGCCUCAUCUACGACCUGGUCAUGAGAGAAGUGGAGAAAGUGAUCAACUGCAGAACACAAAAAGGCCUGCUCCAACCGUACGUCGCCACGUAAAAACGACUGAGUGUCAUGCUGCACUGAACCAAAGAAGAAACGUCAAGUUCCUCCACUCGCCAAUUCGCUGCGGACUUAUUUAUUGCCUCCCGGAGCUGUCUUGGCUUAAGCGGCCCACUGACAGCACCUGAUUCUGUGCUGCUGUUGUUCGGCGCCAUCUGCCGACGCCGGCGAGACGGUCACGUGAUACACCGUGGUCUCAGGGUGGUGAGGAACUCUGUGGGAACGGCUCCCAAUCCGCUCUCCGGUGCAGUGAGGGUCGCCUUCGACGCUCAGCGUUCAGAGGAGUGAGCGGAAACUGCAUCAGAGAGGGCAGCAGAAGCCGAGGGUGGGCAGUACAGAUCUCCAGUUGCGGGGGCUCCGCAGAUCCAUCAGUGCUCAUGUGUUGCCAGUUUCAAGGCAGACUUGUACCCAUGUGCUCUGCUGACAGCGGUGUGUGAGACGGUGUUUUGGACAGGCGAUAUGUUAUUUGUCAGCCAUUCAUCUGACUGUGAUAUUUCAUUGCUGUUAUGACCACCAUGAUUAGGAUGUAUUUACUUAUUCGCACCACGUCAGGAUUUCCACAUCACACCGACCGACUGUUGUGAAAACUUAAAAACUUUUGGCACAGAAAUAUUCGCCCAGCACAGCGAAUGUGCGUCUUUACUGCUGUUCGGCUUUAACUCCAGGCAAAAAGAUUCAUGUGUUCAGCUGCCGUCAAAUUUAUCAGCCGCCAGUGUCAAGUUGAAGCUUAAUAUUUAUGGUGAAGCAUGUACUGAAUGCGCAGUUCCGAUAUCCCUAGAAGUCAAAACGUCAUUGCAGUGGCAUGAAUGUCUUAUUUUUUAUCUUCACAUUUUUGUGUUAGUGGUGAAUGGUGUAGACUGGCAGCUAUGUCCGGAGAUGACGUUCUCAAUGUCGUUCUGUGUUGUUUUCAGGCAUGUUAUCACGCCGCUCAUUGUAUUUCCAGUGUUGGUGCAUUCAAGUGCCAUGCUGUUCGUCGCCAUGUAACGACCACCUAUUUAUUUCAUUCGUCCAUGUCGACACAUAUUUACGGGAGACAAUA